AGACAUGGAGGCAAGGAAGUUGUUCGCCAGUUUUAGUUUAGUCGUCGUUGCCCUCUGCACAGCGAGUGGCACAACCAUGAAAUAUUACAUAGACGAGGAAGCCCCACUGGGAACAUUUAUUGGCAACUUAUCGCUGGACCUGAAAAUCAACGCAUCCGAACAGCAGAACACAGUCUUCCGUUUCAUGCACGAGGAGAAGUCGUCUUUAAUCCUUAUGGGAGAGGGGGACGGGUGUCUGACGGUGGGAGCUCGCAUGGACCGAGAAAGCCUCUGCCAUCGGUCUCCGCUGUGCCUCAUCAACUUUGACGUUGUGGUCGUGUCGAAAGAAAAGUUUCAUCUUAUUCACGUCGAGGUUCAGGUGAGAGACACCAACGACCACGCUCCUCGCUUCCCCCGUAACGAGAUACGGCUCGACAUUGCCGAAGACGUAGCCGUGGGCACAAAGUUCCCGUUAGAAGCUGCGAACGACCUGGAUGUGGGAAACAACUAUGUCCAAGAGUACCACUUACAUCAAAACAGGCAUUUUAGUAUCGAGACAAAGAGAGGAGAAGACGGCAUCGCAUACCCUGAACUCGUCUUGGUUAAAGAUCUCGACAGUGAUGUAGAAGACACUCUUAAAAUGACGGCGAGUGAUGGCGGAAGUCCUCCGAAGCUGGGCUCGGUAACUGUUCGUGUAAACGUUUUAGAUUCGAACGACAACAGCCCUCGGUUCGAGCUCACGCCCCCUAAAGUUGAGCUUCACGAGGACGCACCGGUCGGCUAUCUUCUCCUCAAACUCUACGCGUCAGAUCCCGACCAUGGCGCGAACGGAGAAGUGCGUUAUGGUUUUAUGGACGGAGUCGCCGAUGAAAUCAAGGACACCUUCGCUAUUGACUUCUUCACCGGUGCGGUGACUCUUAAAUCACCAGUGGACUACGAAACCAGAAAAUCCUACGAGCUGAGCGUGCAAGCAUACGAUUUAGGUGUCAACUCCGUUCCGUCCACUUCUAAAGUCACCGUUGAAGUUGUGGAUGUCAACGACAAUGCUCCCGAAAUCCACAUUAAACCGAUGGCAUCCGCGAGCGAGGGCGUGGCGCACAUCACGGAAGCUGCAGCGGUGGAAAGUUUCGUCGCUCUCAUCAGCACCACGGACAGAGACUCCGGAACCAACGGAGACAUGCGCGUGAGUCUGAGCGGACACGAGCAUUUUAAACUCAAGCAGGCUUACGGCGACACAUUUAUGAUCGUCACAACGGCUCCUUUGGACAGAGAAAAGAUUCCCGAGUACAAUAUGACUGUAGUUGCUGAAGAUUUAGGUUCUCCCCCUUUUAUCACAUCGAGGCGAUACACCAUCAGGGUAAGCGACGAAAACGACAACGCACCGCUGUUCAGUAAGCCAGUGUAUGACAUUUCUUUCAUGGAAAGUAAAGAACCAGGUUCUUAUAUUGCAACUUUAGUCGCACGCGAUUUAGAUGACGGUGCAAAUGGACAAGUAACAUACAAACUUAUUGAUAACGACAUCGACGGAGCUCCCCUAAGCUCUUAUGUUGCAGUACACCCCAUUUCUGGCUCUUUGUACACAGUACAGUCUUUGGAUUACGAAUAUCUGAAGCAAAUCGAAGUGGGUAUUGAGGCUAGUGAUGGAGGCUCGACUCCUCGGUCAAGCACCGCGAUAGUAAAAGUGAAAGUUGUGGAUGAAAAUGACAACGCUCCUUUUAUCACCCACCCUGUUUUGAUCAACGGCUCUGCAGAUGUGCCUCUAUCCCACAAUGCUCCUGCCGGUUACGUUGCGGUGACGGUAAGUGCCCACGACUUGGACGACGGUGUGAACGGCAAGCUUUCUUUCAGCCUGCUGGAAGACAACGAAAGGACGUUUUUCAUAAACAAAACUACAGGUGUGAUUGCAUUGAAACACAGUCUAAGCCACAAACAAGGGGACUCUUUGGAGAUUAAGGUGAUGGUCACCGAUGGAGGGAGGACACCUUUUUCGUGCACCGCCACUUUACGCUUUGUGGUCACAGAUGAAGAGCUGUUUGAUGAACAUUUGGUCGUGUCUUUUGAAAUGACUGAUGUUGACAAAAGCGAAGAACAGAAGACAAACCUGGAAGCUUCCUUUAUUAUUAUCAUUCUUCUCGGGGCCGGUUGCGCCUUUUUGUUAGUUGCUAUUAUUGCGGUCGCCUUCUCAAGCAGACCUGGCCAAAGAGAGACUUACUUUAGGAAGAAUAAUGGAUUAGAGAGUGCCUUUGUGAGAUCUCCGGUCUCAGCAAACAGCACGGACUCAUCUGAUUCCGGCAGUUGCCAUGAAUCUGGUGCUACGGUCAGCGAGCAGUUGACUUCUACCAGAGAUGAUUCAUCUUAUGAGGAGCAAAGUCAAGAUUCGGACAGCAAGCUGUUCCGGCCCCUCCUAAAGAGGACCAAUUUAGAUUCUGUUGCCAUGUGGCACGAUGACAGACAAAGCCAUCAUAUAAGCAGGAUCCCUCCCAUCGAUCAGACAAGCAUGAAGGACAGCGGGAAAGGUGAUAGUGACAUCCCAGAUAGUGACUCCAACAUCAGCAGUGAUGCGGACCAGAGAAUUUCUAUCAGCGGACAUCGGCGAGCUAUGAAUUCAGUCUAUUCAGCACCAAUGGUUGGAAUGUGCCAGGCAACAAAGGAGAUUUCAACAACGCGCAGCUCCAAUGUUGCCAGCAGCGGGUACAAAAUAGCAUACCGGUCAUCAAUGUGCAACUAUCAUUCAGUCAAUCAACGUGUAUCAACCUGGAGAAACUAUGACUAUAUCCCCUCAGCCCUACCCAGAGCACCCGAACAGUUUCAAGACCCUGCGUGUCACAGAAUUGGGACCCUUUACCAUCACAACCCCUAUUCAUAUAUGGGAAGAGCACCACAAGUGACUUCAGAGGUCACUCCAUCUGCGACCGCUUUCUAAAGACCAUCACAUUCACAAAGGAGCAACUGUACAUACAGCCUAAGAGAAGGGUUGCCAGUUCUUUUUAAAGUAAU